UAGAUGUCUAUAUAACUUUUAUGUUAUUUUCUUGGUUAUAAAUAGAAGACAUCUGCAGAGAAUUUGGAGGCACGACUCCAUGGAUACACCAAUAUUAAAGAAUUUGUGGACAAUUUUGUUCUUUGCUUUGGUUUUGAUUAGAUUGAGAGGUGGUGAAGGGAGUGGUGACAUUGUACAAUCACAAACCAAGGUCACUCCAUUGGUUUCAAGCGAGCACAAAAGAAACAAGACUUCAAAUGAAGUUGUAGUUAAUAACAAAAGAAGGAACAAUGGUGGGGGUGGUGGAGGAGGAGGAGGAGGAGGAGGUGGUGGUGGAGGAUGGGGAACGGGUGGUGGUGGUGGUGGAGGAGGAGGAGGAGAAGGAGGAUGGGGAUGGGGAGGUGGUGGGGGUGGUUAUUGGAGAUGGGGUUGUAACAAAUCAGGCAAAAGGGGGCACCAUUUGCACAGCAAGAGAGUUUCGGAUAAUGGAGAGUACAAGAUGGGGGAAUUUGCACAAUGCAUGCUUAAAGGGAGGUGUAGAGGCAUGAGGCUGGAUUGUCCACUCCAUUGCGGCGGACCGUGUUUCUACGACUGCCGCCAUAUGUUUUCAUCAUUCCUCAACAUUCUUUGGAAUCAACAAGAACUUGAAUGGUCGAAGCUUGCAGCAUCGGAGUCGGAUCUUUUGAUGUAAGAAAAUGAAUCUAGACAUUACAUAAAAGUAGGGGUUGUAAAAAUUUAUGUGGAAAAAAAAAAUGAUCUCGUGAUAGAAUAUACGUCAAUUUAUUUUCUCUCUAAUAUUUAAAACUUUGAAAAGGAAAUAGAUCGACACAUGCCCCUG